AUGGGCAAGAAGAACAAGGACGAUACCCCGAACAUAAACAGCGUACCAAAUAGGGAUAUAAUCCAACGACUUAACUUCCUUUACCAGGCGAGUUCUUACUUGAACGGAUUGGGCGUCGUACGUACUCCAGCUGCACCCUCGGGAACUUCUACUCGUCCUGUGAAGGAAGAUGUGACCUCGAUAGAAGACCUUCCUUCUGAAGACCCAGAAAACGAAGGAGUUAAAGCCAACGAGGACAUUGGAGAAAAGAGUCCGCAGGGUCGCGGCACGCGAAAGCCUUCAGGAAAACGGAAGGCAACAACUCACGACCUUGCACGGAGCUACGUGAAGUCCAUGAAAAUUAUCGGACAGAAGACAAACGUGAAGAUGGAUCCAUCGGUCAAACGAACAUUGUGCAAAGGCUGCAACACGCUUCUUAUGCCUGGCGUGACUGCAAAGGUUCGAGUGAAACCUUUGCCAUCUCAUGGACAUGCCGUUAAUUACACGUGUAUGCACUGCUCUUUCUCGCGCCGCAUUCCAGCUCCUCCCAUAACAGAGCAAACAUCUCUGGCAUCUUCUGCUCAAAUAACUGAUGAGCCUGCCACAUCCACCCAAUCCAUGGACAUUGAUCCGGUGAAUGCUUUGCUGGACAAAGUGAAAGAGAAGGCAACUUCGACGCCUGUGAAAGACCGGAAGAAAAGGCCUAUUAAGCCUCGUCAAGUUCCAUUCUUUGCAAGAGCGGAACAUCUUAUAUUUGUCGGAAAUGAGCGUGUACAUCGAGACCUCGAGGGAAAUGAGCCAAACUAG